AGAAGAUAUUAGAGUUUCGUCAUCAUUAUUAAGCUCCACUUUUUCCAUGUAUGUAUUUGGAUAACUUUGAUAGCAUCAAGUAAAGUGACGCUUUUGAGUAGCAUGCGUCCCAUUAAUAUGCAUUCCGAAGGUCAAUUAUUCUUCGCUCAGGUAUUGUAGUGGUGUAUAGUCGCAUAUUGGUGGGUAUUACUUUUAGACAGUGUUUAUUCAAGCACAUAUCUACAUAGACCGAAGAAUUUGCACAAGUCAGAGUCAGUCAGUAUUUGCAUGGGAGCAGAGCAGUGCAGUGCGAAACGCCACCAAUUUUUGCAGAAAAUAAUUGUCAUAACGUUGUCCAGACUUUCCCUGAAAAAUAUUACGGAUUUAUUUUCUUUGCGCAACAAUUUUCUUUCUUCUUCCAGAAACGAGGACAUGGGGGAUAACUGGAAAACUGCGUCUUCUGUCUACGAUUUUGCCUAUGUGGACAUUGAUGGAAAUCCUCAAGCUAUGAGAAUAUUUGAGGAUCAUCCGUUAAUAAUCGUCAACGUUGCCUCCAAGUGAGGCAAGACCAAGGUCAACUAUGAACAGUUGACCGCCCUGUAUGAGAAAUACUCGUCUCCUACAGAUGGGUCGAAAGGCCUGAGAAUCGUGGGGUUUCCCUGCAAUCAGUUUGGAGGUCAGGAGCCCGGGACGGAGGCGGAAAUCAAGGAGUUCGCCAAGAAGUUCAACGUCACUUGGGACAUGACGAGCAAAAUUAAUGUGAACGGGAACGAUGCUCAUCCCCUCUGGAAGUGGUUGAAGACGCAGAAAGGGGGCAGUUUUGGGAUUGACGCGAUCAAGUGGAACUUUACGAAGUUCUUGGUGGACAAGAAGGGCAAACCUCUUGAGCGGUUUGGGCCCCCCACGGAUCCAAUUGAAAUGGAGAAAGAUAUCCAGAAACUAAUGUCCUCAUAAUCAUGACCUCCACCUCCUUAGAAUAGAAUACAUUUAUAUAUGGUGGAAUUAUGUGAUCAUUGGUGUGAUCAACUUUUGUAGAUUCAUGCAUGAUGCUUUACUCUGUAAACCAAUCUUGUUGGCCAGGUAGAGCUGAUUUUUUUGUGAAAUCACAUUAGUUGAAUAUCAAUUUGACGUAAUUCCUCGUUAAGAUGAAAUGAAAGCAAUAAAUAAAUGGAUCAAUGGCUACUUAAGAA